UUUAUGCUUGACCUUGUUCAUAAGAAUAACAUAACAAGGUCAUGACCAAUGCCUAUAAGUACAGCGCUAUAUUGAGCUCCUUGAUAAUGAGAUUCCCGAGAACUACUCCGAAACUCCGAUUGACUCCGAUUAUUAACGAUUGACUUCGUCUUUCUUUGCGAUCCGGCCGAUCUACAUUCGAAAAGGUCAAAACCGAGACAUUUUCUCGUGCGCCGUUCCGCUUUUGUAAAUGCGCGCACUCUUUCAACCGCUCAACGCUGCAACGCUAAUGCGGCUAAGUGCCUCGUAUGCCUAGACUAGACACGCCUCUUCGGCCUCUUCUUGUCUUCAUCUUCUUCGAGACCCUGACCCUAUGACUUUUGAGGCUCGAGUCUCGAGUUGAUUGUUAAAUUCAGUAUAAAGUAUGUAUUAGAUAAAUCGACUGGCAUUCCGUGACUUCGAGUGUCAUUCAAUUCAAAGCAACACCAUGGACCGCAGAAAGCUAUCGACUUCUGGUGACUCGCUGUAUCAAGUGUUGGAGCUGCAGAAGACUGCCACUGCUGAUGAUAUAAAGAAAACUUACAGAAAGUUGGCUCUUAAGUACCACCCUGACAAAAACCCUAACAACCCAGAGGCAGCUGACAAGUUUAAGGAGGUGAACAGAGCACAUAGUAUUCUCAGCGACCUCACCAAGAGAAACAUCUAUGACAAUUAUGGAUCUCUUGGACUGUACAUUGCUGAACAGUUUGGCGAAGAAAAUGUCAAUGCAUACUUCCUGGUCACCUCACCUUGGUGCAAGGCUCUCAUCACCAUCUGCGGCAUUGUGACAGGCUGUUACUUCUGUUGUUGCUGUUUCUGUUGUUGUUGCAACUUUUGCUGUGGGAAGUGUAAACCGCGACCUCCUGAGGAUUCUGGUGACUACCACACUUUAAACAGGGAGCCUCCAUCAGGCCCAGAAAAUGUUGUGUUCCAGCAACCUACGACCAUAAAGGAGGACUACAGCGAUGUUGAGGAAAGAGCAAAAGCCACUGAUGGCAAUCCCACCGUCACCUCGCAGCCAAUGGCCAGUGGAGGGGUCCAUAACAUGAGCGCGGGGCCAACUGCAUAUGCUAUGCCCCCACCGUCUUCUGCCCCAUCCGAAGCAACCUCCCUUAACCCUGCAGACAAGAUCACUUAUACUCCAGGCUUAUCUGAAAGGGGAUCUCCGUCACACCAGGCCCAGCAAUGGUAAAAUCGUCGUGUGUAGUUUAAAUUUAAAUAUUAUUCAUAAUUAUUAAUUAAUCUAUUCAACUACCAUUUCACUUUUAGUCUGCAUGAAUUCCUACUUCAUUUUACUAAUGAGUUACUUGUGAUUGAUUUGUGCUGUAUGCAAACUGCAACUUGAUAUUUUUUAUCUGCGGCUGGUGCUUAAAAUUAAUUUAUUAUUCGGGGAUUGGGAUCUGGAAAAAUUAUUAGUUUGCUGACACUGAUUAUGUCCUCCAAAAUUUUAUAGGGAUCAAAAUUUAACGGAAUUUUCUUGUUAAUUUUUGCGCCAUGAUAUUAAAGGUAUUUUUUUUUAUCAAUUUAAGCUAAUUAAAUAGUCAUGUAACUUGUAAUUUGCAUUUGCAGAUUGCAGGGGUGGCAACGAUGUGAGUUUGCGCUUUGCGUCUUUGGAUGAUAUUUUUUUCCAUAAAAUUCACAUUCCUACAUUUCUCAUGAAAUGAUUUUAUUUGAUACUUUGGAGCAGUUAUAUAAUACAUAUUAUGUAUUUUUUUUAAGAACAAACGGCACUGAGUGCAUUUGGUCAAUGCGCUCUUGGUUCUGAAUGCAUUUGAUAAAAAAAAAUUGCAUGUCCAAAUGUAUGGAUGUGAAGUAAACUACAUAACACUUUUCAGUGUGUCCAGUCCAAAAGCCUAGGCCAAAAACUUAUUUAAGCAGCUUUACUCAAUACGUAUUUCAAAAAAUUGUAGCAAUUAAAAAUGAGAGUAUUUAGGAGAUUAACGGUAUAGAGGAAACUUCAAAAUAGCCUAAAGAAUUAGAAAUAAAUUAAAAAAAAAAAUUUAAUUUACAAUAUUCUUGUGAAAAGUCAUUAAUUUAUCAAUUUUGUAAUACUGAAUUGAAAAAUUCUGUAAAGCAAAAUUUCACAUUGCCAUCUAGUGAUGCGAAUAAAGUUGAUCGCAUGCUUGUUCGCAAAGAGAACCAAAAUUAUGAGAUUGCCAUAGUAAAAAUGUUGACAAAUAAAAGACAAUUAAUAACAUAUUUUGUUAUUAUUAUUGUUUAUUCUUCACACAUCGCAAGUCAUGGAAAAGAAAACUACAAAAUUUGAAGAAACGGCAUCACCUUUGGCAAAUAGGUUGCUAAAACGCAGGGUCUCAAUAGAGGUCAGCGCCAAGAUGGUGCGCAAGCCAUUUUGUUAUUUGGUGUAAAUUGAAAAUUCCACGAAAAGGGCAGAAAUGAAAUUUAUAUUGUUAAUAUUGUUACUAUUAUUAUGCCGACAGUACUAGAUAAUCAUUCAAAUUGAUGUUCUGGAAACCAUGAAAUAAUAUAUUGUGUAUCCUACUUGACUAUUGAG